UAUCACUUACAAAUAUCCUCUGUUUAAACGUAGGUCAAAUUGAUGCAGCGUGCAAUGCAUCUCUCUUCCGCUGUUGCAAGUGCAGUGCAUGUACGAGGAGUCAUGCCGAGAUGGUUGUUCACAACCUACGGACGAAUUUGAGCCUUAUCCAAGAAUAAACGAAGAAGCUGGCGCAAAUGUUAGUUUACACUGCAGAGGAACGAACUCACUAAUAAUUAAACACACUCCUGGGAUUUAUGUUAUUGAACAAAGUGUUUCCGUUGAUAGAUGGGGUAUAACUAUAGUGAGCAAUGGCGAAUUUUCGACAUUUUCAAAUUUGACAGCGGAUACACUUUAUCGUUAUCGUUUAUACAAAUUAACACAAAAUGGAGUUUCAUUAACCGAAACAUCAGAUUGGUUUUCAACUUAUGCAGUUGAUUAUCAGCCACGUCAAAUUGAUUAUAUUUCACUUUUGAAAAUCGAAGAAGAUAGUCAAAAUGUGUGCGAAUUACAAGCAGAAAUUAUUUUUGAGCCUGCUAAAGAUCGAAGCUGUAAUUAUAAUAUAUUAUUUUGGUUUGGGGAACAUAAUUUGAUAAAUUUCGAUUUAAAAACGUCUCUAGACUUCCACUUUUUACUCAGACGCUUACAAUACGAGCAAAACAAUACUGUAUCGAUUCGAUCGGGUAAUGAUAACUUCUCUAAAAUUAGUAAUGCAACAAUAUUUACUUUUAUCACACCAUCGUGUUUGGAAAUUCAUCAUAACUUAAGCAUCUGCGCGCCUGAAAAAGUAAAGGGUUUACGAGCAGAACAUAUUCGAAAAUAUCAAGGAGUAUACGAUAUUGUAAUUAGCUGGAACAAACCCAUUUUACAACCAGACAAUUACACAGUACAAUUUAAUUCGUUUCGAGUCGAACCGUAUCUAUUGACCGUAUUUGGAGAUGCACUCGAAGUUUCCUUCUUAAACGUCGACAUAGGAGAACAAUAUGAAAUUAGUAUCGUGGCAGAAUCAAUGGGUGGUGUAAGUUUACAGUCAACUAUAUCGGGAAACAUCGAUGAAGUAGUAGAGCUAUCUUAUCGUGAGAUUAUCAUAGCAUUACCCACAUUAAUGAUCAUUGGAAUAGUGCUUGGGGUGAUUUGUAUGCAGCGUCAUAAAAAGAAGAACAAAAAGAUUAAUAUGGAAUACAUGCAUUUUGAGGAUUCCAUGGAUUCUCUAAAAAAUUCUUUAAAUCGAGAUUAUGCGGUCGAGAAUGGAGAUACUCUUUUGCCGUACGAUAAAUUUGAGCUUAAUCCACAAAAGCUGAAACUUAAAGGUGUAUUGGGCAGUGGAGCAUAUGGUAUUGUCAGACUUGCAUUGUUGCAAGAUGAAUUUGACACAAUUACAGAUGUAGCUGUUAAAAUGAUGAAAGACGAUCCAACGAUAGAGGAUAUAAAAAGCUUUCAUCAAGAAAUUUCAAUGAUGAGAUCUGCUGGUCAGCAUCCAAACAUAGUAUCUUUAAUCGGAUACUGCACUUUGUACAACAAACCUUUAUUAGUAGUGGAAUACUGCAGCAAGGGAGACUUACAAACGUAUUUAAGAACGGUUUGGCAGAAUAUAGUAAAUGCUGUAUUCGAACGGAGGACUCAUAUGAAAUUCGAGCCGUUGUCCUUUGCCAAUAGAGACAUACAUCAAGGAAAGUGCGAAUCUUUCUGUGAAAACACACGCACAAUCACCAAUCGCUUAUAUGAUAUUCAACAAGAUGUAAUAAAAUACGCAGAGAAUAUUACUUCCGCUGAUUUAUUAAAUUUCGCUAGACAAGUAGCUACAGGAAUGGAAUUUUUAUCUUCCAAUCGAAUAGUACAUCGUGAUUUGGCUGCUCGUAAUGUAUUAGUACGAUCGGAUAGAAUAGUGAAAAUUUCGGAUUUUGGUCUCAGUCGUGAUAUCUACCAAGAAAAUGUUUAUCGAAAAAAAGGCAAUGGUAAAUUACCUUUGAAAUGGAUGGCAAUCGAGGCUUUAACGCAUCAAAUAUAUACUACUUAUAGUGAUGUAUGGGCUUUUGGCAUUUUGUUGUGGGAAAUAGUCACUUUAGGUGCCAUGCCAUAUCCUGGAACACCAACAAAUAGAAUUUUACAACUUCUCAAAUCUGGAUAUCGGAUGGAAAGACCACCGAACUGCGGUCGAGAACUGUAUAAUAUAAUGUAUUCGUGUUGGAAUCUAAGACCGCAAAGUAGACCGACUUUUACCGAAUUGAAACAAAACUUGGACAAAUUGCUCAGUAAUUAUUCGGAAAAUAAAUAUUUGAAUUUGUGUGAGGUUCUGCAAGAAUCAGCUGAUGAAAUUGAUGAAAGAAGAUAGCUCAAUGUUAAAUAAUAGAAUUAAAAUGUAAUAGAAGCAUGUAUACAUUAAUUAAUUCGCCAAAUCAAAUGAUUAAAAGAAUUCGUAUCAUGUGCAAAAUCAUUUAUAUUCUAAUCAUACGUAUAAUAAUCUGUAGUAAAUUUCUUUUCUAUAUAUAUAUAUAUAUAUGAUUCUUUCAUUUGUAGUUAAAUUAACAAAUUGUUUAUACACAAUACAGUGUAAUAUAUUCAGAAUUUGCAUAAUUCACUCAAUAUACAUUUUUUAAUCUUAUUAAUU